GGCCAAACUCGCCUGUACAGGCCAGGAUCGUCCGACAGUAUGACGACAGAUUUAUACCGUCCAGAGACUUGGGCGAUAUGCGGACCGCGUAUAACCUGCUCGAAGAAACACCUACGACGCCAUCGAAGAAUAGAAUAAUACCUUCGGAGUCGGAUGCAGCAAAGGAGCAAGCGAACUCUCUAUUCAAUCAAGUCCUGCACAACGAAGUCACCCCAGCCACAACCGUUGCACCCACAUCCCCGACCCGCGUUCGUUUUCAACCAGCUGGCGCAGCUCCAACCACACCAAGUAAAGGUCGUAUCUUCAACUACUUCUCCACACCCGGGUCCGAGCCCUCGACACCUGGCAGACGUCUCGACAGCACCGCGGACCAGGCCUAUGCGCUGAGUCCUGUGCGGCCCGAUAGUCAAGCCAUCCUUAACAGCCCAAGAAAACAGCUUCGGACGGUGCCGAAGACGCCGUAUCGUGUUCUGGACGCGCCGGAGCUCGCAGACGAUUUCUACCUCAAUCUCGUGGACUGGUCGAGCACGAAUGUCCUUGGAGUAGGCCUCGGGAGCUGUGUGUAUCUAUGGACUGCACAUACAGCCGCGGUGUCGAAGCUAUGCGAUCUGGCGGCGAGGAACGAUACUAUAAGCUCAGUUUCCUGGGUACAACGGGGCUCAACGCUCGCUGUCGGAACCCUCUCAGGGCGCCUACACAUUUACGAUGCGAACAAACUACAACUUCUACGGACGUACCAGAAUGCGCACACCCAACGCAUUGGCGCGCUCGCCUGGAACGACUGGAUCCUCACCUCCGGAUCGCGCGACCGCUACAUCCAUCACCGCGACGUCCGUGAGAAGAAGCAAGAGCCGUUUAAGCGGUUCCAAGGACACAAGCAAGAAGUAUGCGGGCUCAAGUGGAGCUCGGAUGGGGGCACAGAGUCCGCCUAUCUAGCUAGUGGCGGCAACGACAAUAAGGUGUGCAUAUGGGAUGUGCGCGGGUCCAAGCGGCCCGGGCAUGGGCGUCAUUCGAGCAGGACGUCGUUGGCGGGGAACGACGAAGGUUCGUCGACGCAGGAUGUGCCGCUGUGGAAGUUCCACGAGCAUACCGCGGCUGUAAAGGCGCUCGCAUGGGAUCCGCACCAAGCGAAUACGCUUGCGACGGGUGGCGGCACCCAAGACAAACACAUCCGAUUCUGGAAUACUUCCACAGGAUCCAUGAUCGAGGCGCUCGACACGGGUAGCCAGGUGUGCAACUUGCUGUGGUCGCUCAACUCGCACGAGCUUGUGUCGACGCACGGUUUCUCGUCUGCGGCGGCGCAAAACCAGAUCUGUCUGUGGAAGUACCCGCAGAUGGACCAGGUCGCGUCGCUGAGUGGGCACACCCACCGGGUGCUCUACCUCGCGAUGAGUCCCGACGGCGAGACGAUCGUCACCGGCGCGGGCGACGAGACGCUUCGCUUCUGGAACGCCUUCCCCAAGAAGUCGAAGACGGAUCAGUCGAAGGACAGUAAGCUCGACUUUUCCAAGCAGAUGCGGUGAAGUAUUAUCGCCGCCACAGCACGUCGCAUAUCGCAGAUUCUCCGAUGCUUCUUUUCUUCCAUAUCCAACCCCAUGGUAGCCUUCAAAUCCCGGUUGCUGUCGAAUCCCAGCAAGUCGUACCGAUGUCGUUCGUUCUGGCUGCACUGUUAUCCGUCUCGAUGUCGUCACGUCUGCCUUGAUGUCCCCGGGUCCACUGUCUAUUUGUCAAGCUCGGACUUCAGCACUAUUAAACCACACAUACACGCACGAUCAACCUCCUAGCAUUAUUGCCUAAGAAUGUAUCCUUCCCCUUCCUUUCCGUUUCAUCCCCACUCGUAUUGCUGCAGCUACACUCAGCUUCGUUUUAUUGUCCAUGCUUCUUCCGCUGUUUGUUUUGUACUAUGGGUCCCUAUUAUUGUUACAUGUUGCUUUUACGGUUCAUGUCAAGUAUAUGCUUAUUGCCAUCGGAAAUGUAUAUCACCUUGUUAUGCCUUAG